UGUCUUGAACCAAAAACAUGAAACUUCCAUUCUUCUACGUAGCCAUUGAAACCUAGCUCUCUCCUAUUUCUUAUUAAAAAUCUUCAUUAAAAAAAAGUCCACUGUUUGGAAUAUUUGUGUUUUACGCAUGCAGCAGUAUUUUCUUGAGGGAGAUCCAGCAGAAAGUGUAGAUAAAGAAAUGACACCUUCCACAGCACUAGUAGUUUCCAAGGAGGUGGUCUAAGCAGAAGGAGAGGUACUAAAUUAAGGAACCGUUUGGACGCACUUAAUCAUGUCCACCGACAUGGCCGACCGGGGGAUCAUUAGCCGGAAAGUUGGCCCGUGGCCCAAGUCAAAGUGUCCGGCUCCGUUUCUAUCAAAAACAUAUGAUCUUUUAGACGAAGAAGAAGAGAUCAGAGGUACAGGAAGAUCAGAGGCAAGUGGUGGCCGGAGGAUCGUGUCGUGGAAUGGCGAGGGCACCGGCUUUGUUGUGUGGUCUCCGGCAGAGUUCUCGGAGCUCAUGCUGCCCAGAUACUUCAAGCACAAUAAUUUCUCAAGCUUCAUUCGUCAGCUUAAUACCUAUGGUUUCAAGAAAACAGCAUCGAAACGGUGGGAAUUCCAGCAUGACAAGUUCCAAAAAGGGUGUAGGCAUCUGCUGGUGGAGAUCAGCCGGAAAAAGUGUGAGCCCAGCGCCUUUCCGGCAUACCUAAAAGCCUCUUCUGAAGAGAAUGCAGCGUCGACAGCGGCGGAGGAGAACAAUCGUCUCCUACUCAUGGAGGAGAACAACAACCUGAGGAAACAGAGGCUCGAGCUACAAAUGCAGAUAUCACAUUUCAAAGCACUAGAGUUGAAGCUGUUGGAAUGUCUCUCUCAGUACAUGGGUAAUCAUGAUCAAUGCAAAAUUCGGAGGCUAUGUUAGAUUUAUAUAUAUAUAUAUGCUGAGUGAGUGAGUGAGUGACAUGUUUAAAAAAAAUGCCAAACAGUGUCUUGUAGUAUUGUUCAUGGCAUGCUUUUCAUCCAGCAUUUUGAUAAUUUGAUCAUCAAAAUUCAA